AUGGUCGAGUCUUUGUAUACCACCACCCCUCAGCUUUCGCGGUUCGGGAAGCUCCCUCCAGAACUAACAAACAUCAUUAUCGACCUGCUAUCACCAGACUCUCUUGUCUCUAUCCGCCUCUGCUGGCCUCAUCUCGACGGAUUAAUCCUGUCUCGUCAGUUCAAAACAAUUCGGCUUACAUUCACUGAAACGGAUAUCGAGAGACUGCAGGCGAUUUCAUCGACUUAUCCUUACUAUGUCCAAGAACUUGUCUUGACGACUGCUGAAAGCCGUGACACGCACAGUGACAGAUGGGUUCAAGUCUUUUCAGGCGGAAAUUUUCACAGGGACGCCAAAGACUACCGUCGCAAAUUCUUGGCUUGUGUCGAUUCUCUGUCCAACCUGCACACUUUUACGUCUGAGCUGGGUCCUAUCAGUGGAACUACCAUAAAAGAGCAUAUCGACGGGCUUUUGUAUGCCAUAUUUCCUGCUCUAUGCCGCUCUUCGUCUCGAGUUACAACUUUAAGAUGUCAAGACCCCCUGAACUAUAUGCGUUGGUUCUUGUCCAAGGUCAGGGCAACUUGGGGCCCUCCUAGAGGGAUGAUCAAGGCCAUUCCGAGAAUAUGCACCGGGGAUAUUUGUACCUGCUGGCAAAGCAGUCCUCAACUUUCAAGGCUGAGCUCGUGUACCGCCCCGCCGUCUGGCAGAGAGACCGAAUGGAUAUAUCCCAAAAUCCCCUGGGAGUGGAGGACUGCCUUACGAGGCCUCACAACACUUGAUCUGCAGAAUUACACCUCAGGCGGUAGCUGGAAUUGCUUUGAACAACUCGGUGAUAGACUUGUUUACUUUCUUGAGGGAGCUGUCAGCCUGCAAGAGUUGUCAGUCAGAUGGAGACGGACUGAUCAGAUUGGAUCUGCUGGGCGCCCUCUUAUUCACUCCGGUUGGCAGUUGGAGCAUAUCUUCCGCGGAAGAUAG